UGUAAGUAGACAGGCUUCUAUUAGCUAGUCAGUCAGUUGCAUUGCGCGCUUCACAGCGCGCGUCUCUUAGUGCGUCUCUGAGCAGUAGAAGAUGCUGGACGAUGUAUCCCGUCGCGCUGGAUUUUCCUUGCGUCCUGUCAGAACGUGAGGAAAUCAAUUCCAUUCUGUAUAAACCGAUCAACUCGACGCAACGGAUAAAGUACACAUGUUUCAACGCUUCAUCAAGUUAUAUUAUAUUGGGUUCAACCAGUGGCAGUGUCUAUCUAUUCUCCAGAGAGCCAUGUUCAUUUUUGCAGAUAAUACCUCUCUCGGAGGGUGUGGUUUCACGUGUGGCAAUAUCACCUGACGAAAAAACUGUAGCCUUAGCAACAAAUCGUGGUACUGUUUGUCUAGUCUCUUUAAAGUCUACUCCGCAACUGAUAGCUGCGUCUAUGGAACAUAUGUAUGAACAAAUUACCUGUCUAUGUUGGAACAAUAAUAGUACUGAAGUAUACGUAGGAGAUGCAGUGGGCAAAAUUUCUGUUAUGGUGUUGUCGAUAUUUACGGUUAAUGGAAUGUUUCAAACUCCUGCCUACACGCUGAUGAAUCUGGACUCCAGCGUGGUGCAGUUGGACUUCUUCUCGCCUUUACUGCUGGUUUCCACGUUAGCGCGUUGUUACGUCUGCGACACAGUGCUGGAACAGUACAAGCAAAUAGGAAACAAGCCGCGGAACGGCGAGUUCGGCGCGUGCUUCUACAAGAUUCACACACACGAGAGCAUCAUCUUGGAUGCUCAGAGAGAGGAGAGGAACAUGAACAAUGCACGGGGCGCGUUCAACUUGAUCUCCGACGGCGACAGUAAUAUCCUAGGCAAGGAUCAUUCCAAGAUCUUCUGCGCUCGGCCCGGCUCGAGAUUGUGGGAGGUGUCGGCCGACGGGAUCGUCGUGAAGACGCAUCAGUUCAAAGAGGCGCUGGCCAUACCUCCGAUAGCAAUACUUCGAUCGAGCGGCGGUACUCUAGAAUCUAGUCAGAAGGAAGGGACGGGGCGCGAGUGGCCGCCGCAGUCCGUCAACUUCUCGCACCUGUUCGUAAUCUCGCACAAGUAUUUAUUUUCCUACACGACUAGCGGCCUGUACAUUAUCGAUCCCGCGAGCGCGAGCGUGCUGCUGUGGAGCAAUGAGUACACGAACAUCAGCAUGACGGCGAUCGUGGACGAUCGGAUCUACCUGAUGACCUGUGAUAACGAGUUUCAUUAUCUAGCAUUAUCGUCACUCGACAGCCUGAUACUGCGGCUGUAUCGUCGUGAGCGGUACAGCGAAUGCCUGAGCGUGUGCGCCGCGCACAAGUCGCAACUGCUGAAAGUUGCCGGCGCCAAAGAGAUCGCCGAGCUGUUCGAGCUGGAGAAUCUACCGCGGGCGUCGCGUGACGAGGAGGCGCUCACGUUGCUGCGGCCGUUAAUAACGCUUCUGCAAGCCGGCGGCAGCAAUAGACCGGCUAAGCUGGACUCCGGGAUCGUGGUGGUGCACUCCGAGAGCGGCAGGUUCGCCGAUAGAAAAGCGUACGGCUGCGAAAUGACGUCCGCGUCGCAAUCUCCCGAGGUUUCCAGCGAAGACUCGUCCGACAUGCAGAUGUCGAAGUCGGAGAAGGGUCUGACCGAGGCUCUCGCGCAGGAGGACACGCUCGAAACCUUGGAGGAUACACUCGAUUCGAAUUACGAUGACGGAACGUCGGUCGCCAAGGACGACGAGGGGUCCGAUCCGCGGGAGAACGUGACUCACAGGGUGCAGUCCGAUCUGCAGCCGAUCUACGACGUGGUGAACAGUAUUAGAUCUAACAUGUCGGAGAAAGAAAUCGAGGAGAUCAUUCUGGAGAUGGAGAAGAGGAUGAGAGCCAUCAGGGAGUCCUACAAGGAUUCGCCCGGGCUUCAGAAUUUCAUUUACGAGAUCACGCGCGCCGCGGAAUUGCAUUACUACAAUACGCUUCUGGAGAGCACGUCCGUGCAGUCGCUGCCUUCCGCCGGCGACGAUUACGUCGCGCGGCAACUCGCGAGGGCCUUCGUCGAGAUCAACGCGUCGGCUUACAGCAGAUGCGGCUGCGGUUAUCCGUGCCCGAUGGACAAGGCGGCGGAGCCCAAAUUCCUGACGGUCGGCGAAUCCUUGAUCAAGAGAUACGCGGACAACCUGCCGGAGGAGUGCGGCAAUAUUUGCGACAAAGUACCUUACAUGUGGCGCGAGUACCUGGCCGUUUGCAUCAAGCGGCGCAAUACGCUGGACGGCUUGUUGCGACAGUGCCUUCAGACCAGAGACAACGUCGUGCUGUCGCACCUUCUGCUGGCGCUGAAUGAGCAUCAGUGGGGCUGCGUGGGCGCGUGCCUGAGCGAGAUCGAGGACGGCACUUGUCUGUUCUGCGCGACGCCUCUGGCGAAGAAACCUGAUUACGGUGUGCUGAUAGACUGGAGUGGAGUUGCCGGGGAAAUCAUGAGGCGAGAGGGACCGGACGAGGCCACGGCGUUUCUAAUCAAACUGGAAAGCAUGAUUCCAAACGUUAAUUUGGACAGGAGUAUAUUCCAGUCGAUCAUAUUUACAAAAAUGCUGCAUCGCCACGGCCUGAAAAAGUCGAUCGAUUUCAGCAGAACUAAUCAAUUAUCAUCGGAGUUUGGCACAAUGUGCUCGCCGCAGGUUGGUGAUCAGCUGGCAAAAGCUCUCGAGAAAGACUUAAGGCGACCGAUAGACAAAAAUGUGUUCGGAACAGGCGCCCAUCAUUGGGGUAUGCGUCAUCAGGCUAAAUCACUCACGUGCCCGUGCUGCACGUUAUCCUUACAGACGCCGAUUCUGUUAGGUGAUAACGGAAUCGCGAUCUUCCGUUGCGGACAUGUCUACCAUGUAAAUUGUAUGAUAGAGAGAAAGCUCACUAGAUGUAAUCUUCAUCAAGUAUUGUAAAUACGAGUGAAAAAUAAGAGUUAAACGCAUUGUACAUUUCUCAUGAAUUAAAGCUCUCUCUUUCUCUCUCUCUAGAAUAUACUUGUAUUUAUUAUUUCUUGCUUAUUCAUUAGUUUUGGUUUCUCUCGUCGCAAUUGUUUGGCUUUAUUAUCUCAGUACAUUCGUUAUCACAGAUAGAAAUUGAACAAACAAGUUUUUACAUUGUCUUAAACUACAAGACAGAAUAAAAUCGCUAUAAUACAGAUCAUUAUUGUAGCAAUAGAGCGCACUUCAGAUCUACUGCUUUUGUUCAUUGUCAUUUGCGCAAAAUGUGUUACUUUUAUAAAAUUGCAACAGUAUCAUCAAUUGUUAACAGCAAUAAUUUAUUGUAGAAUAUUGUGCAGUGAUUUUUCUCAUGUAGUAUAGUAGACAAAGUGUAGGUUUAUUGUACGGGAUUGCCUUUUCAGAUAUGUAAAUAUAUAUAAAAUAAAAUCUUUUUUGCGUAAUUCCUGACGUUGCUUUGUUAAUUUCUUGCGAGGAAUCAGGGAAAUGACGAGUACACAUCUACAUUUACAUAAAUAUUACAUUAUUUGUCUUAUCACUUACCUUAUUCGAUGUUAUUGAAAUACAUAUUACAAUUACACGCAUAACGUGUAAAUAUAAUUUUGCAUGGUGCCUAUUACAUACAUUUGGGAAGCUUGCAACUACUUUUUACCGUCUCUAAUUUCUGUUGUGAUUCUGUGUGUUUUUUUAGCAAAAUGAAAACUCAAAAUCUCUUAAUAAUUCGUGAUUCAUUAAGAUGAUUCGUGAGAUUUAAUAUACUACUAUACAUAUAUGCAAUAUAUAUACUUUUAUAUAUAUUGCGAAAUUCGUAUAAACUUAUAGCAAGAUUUCUAUACAAAAGAAUAAAUAUCGACAUACGUGUUCUUACGAAUGAAUGAUUUUUGUAUAAAAAUUGCUUAUAAAUGUUGACGAUUCGUCUAUCAUUAUUUCUACAAAUAUGUGCGCUGCAUUGUAGUAGCACCGAACGUUUUGCCAUUGUUACAUAAAAGUAAAGCGAAAAACUUAGACUUAUUAACUUUAGAAAAAUAUUCAAAUCAGAUAUUUUAACGAGAAAUUUUCUACAUCAGUAUCACAGUUCAAAAAUGGCAAUAAGAUGUACAAGAAUCUUUACUGUGACUUUGUUUUUAUCGUACUGACUAGAUUAUCUUUGUUAUAUAGUCUCUAAGCGCUUUGUACAUAAUUUAUCUAUAAAAUCCUGUUGUAUAUAAUUAUAAAAAAAUAGUAAAAAGUCAGCAGACACAAAUACUGAGAAAGUGUUUUUGGCAUACACAUAUAUAUAUCCUCUUCUCUCUAGCAAUUUAUCCUUAUAUAUAGCUUUUGGCUGGAGCAAUAUACAGUUUUAGCUUUUACAGCUUUACGAAUUUUUGAGCAAAGUGUUGAAUUAUGACUAUACAUUGAAUCGUUCACAAAUAGAUACUUCGUCUUUUUCCUUUUUUUUUUGUUUUAAUAAAAGUACCAUGACAUGCAUGACUCAUUGCAAAACUUGUAUUCAAUUCAAGCUACUAUCUUUGCACAUCGAUGAAGAGAGAAUUGCGAAUUAUCUCUACGUUUUCAAUAAGUUUCACAAUACAAUCUGGAAGCGAAAGAUUUUCUGUUCGAUAUAUAUAUAUAUAGUUGAUUUUAUGCUUCCAUGUUGUAAUUGAGAUCGCAAUGUUCAACAUACUUUUGGCAUUCUAAAGAUAUGAGUAAAUUGCCAUUAAUCGAGCACUAAUUUUGCAUGAAUUGGAGUUUGCAUUAAAUGAGGUAGUGUGCUUUGAAUAUUGGCAAUAGAGAAAAUGUAUACGUUGUACUAUACAAAAUAUACCAUAAUACAGUAUCGACACAUUUUCUCAUGAUAGUAAUUUGCUAAAAUAAAAUUACAGUGAGAUCGAAUUAUAUACAAAGAGGAAGCAGUUUACAAUCUUAACACGUUGCUCGCCACUGCGCAGUCGUUUCGGUAAUUUGCAAAAUAUUUUAACAGCAGCAAUUUGCAUAUAUCAGAUAUGACGGCCGAAAUAAACGCAUCACUGUACAAUUUAUAGAUGCACAGCGGACACAACGUAUUAACAUAACUUGCAAAAAUAUCGAGUUAUAAUUGUACAUUGAAUGGUUUACAAAUAAAUAUAUCGUCUUUUGCUUUAGAGAAAAUAUCAUGAAAGACAUCAAAUAGAAAUCUAUCUUUCACGGAAAAGGUGCAUAUAUGUUCGUUCAUAUUGUUACGCAAAAUAAUACGCUUAAAAUUAAGUAUAAAUAAAUAGAGAGUUGCAUUCUGUGUUACACUUACCCAUUAUACGUCCAUACAUAUUUCUCCCAGGCAACCUCAUUCGUGUCUUUCUCUCUUUUCUCUCAAAUGAGAGCGACUAAUAUUACGCAAAUAAAAUGCUACGUGAAAUCAAAAGUAUGACAAAUAAUCGCAAUCACGGUGACUUAUAGUAGUAGUUGACGGAAUGGUUGCGGUUUUUUUUUUUUUUCAGUCUGUUGGAUGAGCAACACCUCACCUGAGAUGAGAUAUCGUAAAUCGAUGUGCACUUGGCAAAUAAAGUUCGAGAGAGCGAGAACUGAUAAAUAUGCGUAGAAAAAUAAACUAUAUGCAGACGGCUGCAGAGACUAGCUAGAUCGCAUAAAACCACGCACAAAACAUCAACAGUAGAAUUAUAAUUUGAAUAUAGAUAGAAUUGAUUAUUAAAAAUACAUGGCAUAUCCAUUAUGGCAGUAUUAUAUAUUACGUCUACCUGUCACCUGCUUCUCAUCAAAACAAACAAAUUGAUUCUGAUAGAUAUAUUGUACGCGGUUUCAUAUGUUUCUCGAAAGAUUGAUAAUUGUAAAAUAUUUAUAUCAUAUAAAUUGUGUGAUGCCGUUCUGCAACGAUGUUUCAUAAAAGAGUUUCAUUAGAGCUUGCAAUGAUAUUGUUUGAUGAGAACGGCUCUGUUAUAUAUUUGUUAUCUAAACGCUUUGUCGUGAAUUCAGAUAUCCUAAAAUUCUAUCAAAAGAUUAUCGCACUUUAAAAUUCAAUAUUACAAAUUCAAUAACGAUCUAUCAAAAACUACGUCGUUCACCGACGUUCAACUGAAAGGACAGCAAGCAGUUGUGUAUUUUGCUUUAAAUGGCAUUUAUAUAGCAUGCCGGUGUCGCACGUAAUAACAUUAAACACGAAUAAAAAUUAUAUUACAAUUACAUAUUUUACACAUAGCGCAGUUAAUUCUCAAUUGAAAAAUUUCUAAGGUUUUGAGAAUCAAAUCUGAUGUGUGUAAAUAAUCGCAUUUUCGCAAACUCGAAAAAAAAUGUUACAGCGCUAUUCUUUAUAUAAAAUUAUACUGAAUAUGCAAUUUAUGUGAAAUGAUUUUUGUUUAAGUUUCGUUUACGAGCAAUAUGAGCGGAUAUUUAAGAAGUCUUGGAAUUUAUAUGCGUUCGAUGAGACUUAAAAAUACGUCAAUUGCAUAACAGUUGAGAGAUUCAUUCCUUGUGUGCAUCGGGUAUUUUAACAUAAAUAAAAUUAAAACGUUGCGUAUAAUUCAUGCAGAAAUAAUCUGUCUUAAAGGAGAGAAUCCUUUUAAGCGCUUGUGAGCAAUAAACUGUAAUGUUAAACGUAUUAUCAUCAUCCUGAAUCGUAUAUCGAUUAAUUCAAUAUUAAUCGAUCAACAAGAAAUUCCAGCAUAGAAUUCUGAUCAUCAAUAUUACAGUGUAACAUUACAACUUUUGUAAUUUAUAACAUAGAAGGCAGGAAUGCCUGUACGACAUUCUGCUGUUGAAAAUAUACGCGCGUAUAUCUGUUAAAAUGCGUUUCUCCUUUGUUUUGAGAAAAUCGAAAAGGAAAUGAAAUUCCAUCCUCUUACAAAGUUACAUUAAAACUAAUUGAGCACAAGAUUAAAAAGAUAUUGUUCGGAAAAUGAUUCGAAUGUACGUACUAUUAAUUAAAUUAUAUAUAAAUCACAAACAGCUUUUAUAUCACGUACUAAUAUUUCGGAUUAAAUCAGAUAGAAAAAAAUAAACUUUUUCGAACAUCUUUCAUUCUGAUCGGAUACUUGAUCCUUACUCUUCUUGCUUUCAUUGUGUUCUUAUCUCUUAAGAUUUACAAGAGUAUACUUCGGAAUUAUAUCAAUUUUAGCAGAAUUUCACUUGAAUGUGGUCGAUCUAAUUAUAUUUUGCAAAAAUAAAUAUUUCGUUCUUAAAAAUGGAAUGCGUACGGUGUGAACAAAAAUACUAACAAUUUGCAUUUCAAAGUCAUUUUGCGGAGGCUUGAAUAUGUUCAAAAAAUAAUAAUAAGAGAAAAACUCUGUUAUGCAAAAUGUUAAUAUAUAUUGCUGAUAGUCGAUUAACUUCAUAGCCAAAUUGUUAAUUUCACUAAUUUAUAAUAAUGGGACUCGCAACUCACGUUGCGUUCGAUAUGUCGGUAUCUUACAUCGACAUCGCCGCUAUCUUACAUUAAUAUUAGGUGAACAAUUUGACUAUCUCAUGUAUCAGCUUUUGUUUUUCUUAUUACUAUUUGCAUGAUCAAUAAUCAAUGAUAUAAAUAAUCAUUGAUUAUAUAGUUUGAAUAGCAUAUCAAAAUAUGUGAACGGAAGUUUCAUGCAUCUUUUAACUUAGUCUUACAACUUACAACACAAAAAGUCAGGAGUUUGUUGGUUUCGUGUAUAGGAAUAAUUGCGUUACAUGAUGCUUUGUGAGACGAUUUCACAAUAUAUUAUAAUUAUAGCUUAUUAUUAAACAAUAUUACAAAGAUCCUAUUAUUAAUACGUCAUAUAGUAUGCUGUAAAUUUUUUUUUUCUAAAAAAUACAUGUUAUGAUAAUAAUCUGUACAACCAUUUUUCUCACAAACGUGUUGUUUAACGCAUUUAUUCCCAACUUCUUAUAAAAUGUACUCCUCGAUACUCUCAUUUCUUUCGAAAAGCGAACCGUGUAUAAUUGCCUAAAAUUCAUUUUAUUUCACAAUAAAAAAUGUCUUUAUUUUUUCCCCAAAAUAUAUCAAUAUAGACAAAAGUUCUAUCAUUGAAACCUCGACGAUGUCAGAAGAUUACCUCCUAUUUAUACAUGGUGGUUCAGCUUUUCGAAAAACUCAACUAGCGAGCACGAGUUUCAUAAAAUCGCAGAAACAAAAAUAUUACUUCUUUUUGUUGUUGUCAGGAAUUUGUGUGUACAGAUGAAUAAAGUAAAGACAUGUUUAGUAUUUAUAUUUUUCAAAGCAUAUAUAUGUAUUAUAUUAAGAUACAAUCUUGCAUCGUCUAUGCAGAAGUCGAUGGUUCCUCACGCAGAUGUCUUCGCUCUUCCUUCCGUCUCUCCGAGCGUACGCUCUUGCUCUUGCACUUUGUUCUCCUUCCUGCUUCUUUCCGAUUGUGUAUCGUAAUUUUGUGCAAUUUUGCAUCAAAAUGUCCCUUCUUCUCUUCUUAUCUUCUUUCAUAUCGUACGCGAUAACCAUUUGCUUUGCGAAUCGAUUCUCGAAAUAAGUGAAUAUUAAUCGUAAUACGGUUAUAUAAAUAUACGAUCUAUAAAACUGUACUAUAUUUCACACAGAAUCUCAAUAAUUGAGCAGUACAAUUCACCACUGUGAUCCUUGACCCUUAAGUUAAGUUCUUAAAAUAUUAUAUCCACUAGUAAUGUUUUACACGCAUAUAAAACAGCGGAGAAUUUGACAACGCGCAGCAAAA